AUGCGUGAAUAUCAGGUUCAGGGUCUAAACUGGAUGAUAAGUUUAUAUGAGAACAAUAUUUCUGGUAUUCUGGCUGAUGAGAUGGGUCUCGGUAAGACUCUACAAACUGUGUCUUUUCUAGGAUAUCUGCGUUACAUCAAGGGUAUUGCUGGCCCUCAUAUUGUUAUUGUUCCAAAGUCCACCUUGGAUAACUGGCAACGUGAGUUUGCCAAGUGGACGCCAGAAGUCAGCACGUUGGUUUUACAAGGUGACAAAGAAAGUAGAGCUCGACUUAUUAAUGAUCGACUCUUGACUUGUGACUUUGAUGUGUGUAUCACUUCUUAUGAGAUGGUUUUGAGAGAAAAGGGUCAACUAAAAAAGUUCGCUUGGGAGUAUAUUAUCAUUGAUGAAGCCCACAGAAUCAAAAACGAGGAGUCCAUGCUUUCACAAAUAAUUCGAGUAUUCAACUCUAGAAACAGACUUUUGGUCACAGGAACGCCCCUACAAAAUAAUUUACAUGAAUUAUGGGCACUUCUCAAUUUCAUACUUCCUGAUGUGUUUUCGGACAGUAAGGUUUUCGAUGAAUGGUUCGAAGGGCAAGGUGGUCAAAAAGAGGGCCAGGUACAGGGUGAAGAAGAACAACAGGCAAAUAAAGAUGCUGUUGUCAAACAACUUCACAAGGUGUUAAGACCAUUUUUAUUACGAAGAAUUAAAUCAGAUGUCGAGACAUCUUUACUACCAAAGAAAGAGGUAAAUCUUUAUCUAGGUAUGUCAGACAUGCAGGUUAAGUGGUACAGAAAAAUCCUCGAGAAAGAUAUCGAGGCUGUUAAUGGAGCUAUCGGCAAAAGGGAAGGUAAGACAAGACUUUUAAAUAUUGUUAUGCAAUUGAGAAAGUGUUGUAAUCACCCUUAUUUAUUCGAAGGUGCGGAACCUGGUCCUCCUUAUACCACUGAUGAGCACCUGAUAUUUAAUUCUGGUAAAAUGGCUAUCCUUGACAAACUAUUACAACGAGCCAAGGAUCAAGGAUCUAGGGUACUGAUUUUUUCCCAAAUGAGUCGUAUGUUGGAUAUUCUUGAGGAUUACUCACUGUUUCGGGGUCAUCAAUACUGUCGUAUUGACGGUUCAACUGCCCAUGAAGAUCGUAUUACUGCCAUUGAUGAGUACAAUAAGCCUGGAUCGGAAAAAUUCUUGUUCUUGCUGACUACUCGUGCAGGUGGUUUGGGAAUUAACUUGACAACUGCUGACAUUGUGGUAUUGUACGAUUCCGACUGGAACCCUCAAGCUGAUUUACAAGCCAUGGAUAGAGCUCAUCGUAUUGGACAAACGAAGCAAGUUUAUGUAUAUCGAUUUGUUACUGAGAAUGCCAUUGAAGAAAAGGUGCUCGAAAGAGCUGCUCAGAAAUUGCGACUCGAUCAAUUGGUUAUUCAACAAGGCCGUGCUCAAGCUAGUACUGCUACAGGUGGACCCACUCAACAAGAUUUACUCAAUUAUGUCCAAUUCGGCGCCGAGGAUGUGUUUAAGCGUAAACUCGGAGAAUCAGCGGGUGAAGGAGGGUUUGAUGACGAUUUGGACUCAAUCCUAGAUAAGGGCCAACAACGAACCCAAGCAUUAAAUUCUAAAUUCUCCAAGCUGGGUUUGGACGAACUGCAGAGGUUUAAUGAUGACUCGUCGGCUUAUCAAUGGAACGGAACCGACUUUAGUAAGGUGGAGAAGAAGCCUGCGUUGAAUCCUGGUGCGUUCUGGAUUAACCCCGGAAAGAGAGAACGAAAAGAAAACUAUUCUAUCGAUGGAUAUUACAAAGAUGUGAUGAACCAAGCUGGUAACAAGAAAGAUGAAAAGCCUUCCAAACCACAAGCUCCUAAAGCACCAAAGCAGUUGAAUAUCCAAGAUUACCAAUUUUAUCCACCUCGACUAGUGGACCUCCAAGAAAGAGAAACCAGCUAUUAUCGUAAACAAAUCGGCUACAAAGUGCCUCUUGCGGAUGGACCAGAAGAAACAUUGGAGGAUCGCGAAGCUGAACGAGAUCUGGAACAAUCUGAAAUUGAUGACGCUGAACCAUUGACUGAAGAAGAGGUGGAAGAAAAGCAGCUGCUGUCACAGGAAGGGUUCUCUACCUGGACAAAGCGAGACUUCCACCAUUUUAUUCAAUUAAAUGCGAAGUACGGUAGAGACAAUGUCGCUGCAAUUGCUAGCGAAUUUGAAGAAAAAGAUGCCGAUGAAGUUGCCAGAUAUUCUGAUACUUUUUGGAGAAGAUAUACUGAGAUUGACGGGUAUGACAGGUAUAUCGCACAAAUCGAAGCAGGUGAAGAGAAGGCACAAAAGGUUUUGCACCAGAUGGAGCUACUGAAACAGAAGGUGGAAUCGUAUCGAGCACCUCUCCAACAAAUGGAGUUCCCUGUAUCGAUUGGACAUGGCCGCAAAAUGUAUUCAGAGGAUGAGGAUCGAUUUCUAGCAGUUCAAUUAUACCGAUUCGGCCUGGACGCCGAAAAUCUUUAUGAGAUGAUUCGUGAUGCUAUUCGGGAGUCUCCUAUGUUUAGGUUUGACUGGUUUUUCUUAUCGCGGACUCCAAUGGAACUUAGUCGAAGAUGUACAACCAUUCUAUCUAGUAUUGCUAGGGAGUUUGAAGAGGCCAGUACCAAGAAGAGAAAGGCUGAACCUGCAUCCAAGCCUGCAUCCAAGUCUGAAUCAGCGAAGAAGAAGAAAGUCGCUUCGAAUAAGAAGAGUAAGAAAUAA